GGCCCAGCCCGGGUUUACAAUUCAUAUCCUGCUUCUUUCACUACUGAAUUGUUUUCACUAGCCGCCCUCCUCGCCGGCACCAGCUUCCCGCACAGCGAUUUCACUUGCGCCGCAUCGUGUCUCCUCAAGCCAGCCACCGUCGAGAUGUCGGAGCUACCAUUUAGACCUCGGGAAAAGCUUUUUGAGCAGCAAAAACAUUUUCAAAAUGCCCACAAGUAUACACACCUGAAAGGGCCGCUUGAUAAGAUCACCUCUGUGGCCAUUCCACUUGCACUGGCUGCAAGUUCAAUAUAUCUAAUUGGACGGGGAAUCUAUAACAUGUCUCAUGGGAUUGGAAAGAAAGAAUGAGCGGGGUAUACCUGGCUGCUCACAAUUGGAAGACUUGAGUUCCUAUGGACAUUGACUUUGAUAUUUUUUCACCUUCAAUAAGUUGCUUAUGGUUGCAGACUUCUUUUUGUGGCUGCCAAAGGAAGUUUAAAUACAGCUUUAAUGGGUUAUGAAUUUGGUAUUAGUCAUAAUUUUUUGAAUCUCAGAUUCAGCAAACUUUGUUUGAUAUGAUAUUCCUCCACUUUUAUUUACGGAUUUUUUUGGCAUUUAUAACUAAAUCAUCAAAGAGCUU